UGCAUAUUUGUUUGAUUUUAUUUUUUUUGGUUACAGACAAAAGCAGCCACAGCCAUGACAAGACGAAGUAGUCGCCUGCAGAAAAGAUCUGAAAAUUCUCCAGGGCAGAAAUCCAAAGCAAAGCAGUGCAACAGAAAAAAGGUGCAGCCUCUGUCAAAGCUGCAGUGCGAGAAGAACCAGCUGGUACAUGAAGAUGCAUCCAGGCCUUGUACUCUCAUUGAGACCCCUGAGAAGGCACUGAGAGAUGACUUUGAGUCCGGCUAUAUAGUUCUCACUUCCAGAGAAUCUUUGGUGCAGCCGUCUCCUCUUCCUCAUUUUGGACGAGGAUCUUCAGAAGACGUGUGGGUGAAGAUGGUCGUCAAGGAGCAGAAUUACAGACACAGCAAGAACUUCAUGCUGAAGCAUCCAAGAAUACAACCCAGAAUGAGAUCCAUCCUCCUCGACUGGUUAAUUGAGGUGAGCGAGGUGUACACUCUGCACCGGCAGACCUUCUACCUGGCACAGGACUACUUCGACCGGUUCAUGCUGACACAGAACAACAUUGAAAAGGGCAUGCUGCAGCUCAUCGGGAUAACUUGUCUAUUCAUAGCAGCAAAAAUGGAGGAAGCCUGUCCUCCUAAACUCUCACAGAUGGCCUACGUGACCGCUGGUACCUACUAUGAACACGAGAUUCUUCAAAUGGAGUUAAUAAUUUUAAAGGCGUUAUGUUGGAACCUCUGUCCUGAAACAGCGGUGUCGUGGCUCAAGCUUUACUUCCAGAUGGCAUCAAUGAACUCCGACUCUGACCUGCUCGAGUCGCAGUUUCCUCAGGACGCUUAUGUACAAAUGACACGACUUUUAGAUCUGUGUAUCCUCAACAUUAACUCACUGGACUUCCAGUAUCGAGUGUUGGCCGCUUCGGUCCUGUGCCACUUCAUUCAGCAGGAAACAGUUGAAAAGCUUUCAGGUCUGUCGAAAGAAGACAUCCAGCCAUGUGUCAACUGGAUGGCGCCCUCUGCGGAGUUGGUGAGCCGGUGUGGCAGAGCAGAGCUGAGGGAUUUUGCUACAAUAAAAUCAGAAGACAGACACAACAUCCAGACGCACACAGACUACAUGACCAUGCUGGGGGCAGUCAAUCAAAAGGAGGCGAACAGCCAGUUCCCCACUCCUCCCAACAGCACAGAGAAGACACUCUGCCCUUACUGAACUACAAUAAGAUGAAAGUGUGAAAGAAGUCGACAUAGGGUUAAUUUCUCACAGAUAGACUCUUAUUUACAGCCAGCAGGAAAAGAGACCACUGUUAACAGGAGUACAGAGUCUGACGGCAGCUUAUUUCCCGCCGGUUGCGGGGAUCCCGAUCCUGCUGAUGUGAGGACUGAUAUCCAGGAACA